AUGGCGGUCACCAAUCUAGAUCUCACGCACUACAUCUUCUGCCUCACCAUCUUCAUCACCUCUUGCUUCCUCUUCCGCGCGAUCUUUGCGAGACUGGCCAACUCGUCGUCCCGUCAACCUCCAAGCCCCCCGAUAUCGCUCCCUGUCAUCGGCCACAUCUAUCUCUUGGGCUCCUCGCUGCCUAAGUCCUUCCAAACCCUAGCUCGCCGCUAUGGCCCCUCAUGCGGAUCCGCAUGGGGUCGCAGCUUGACCAGUUCAGGCACAUCCUCAAGGAAGAGGUUGAGGCUCGUGAGGUCGGUGUUGGAGUGCUCUGGCGAAGGGAGAUCCUGCGACUUGACGAGGGAGCUGACGACACUAGCCAACAACAUUAUCUUCAGGAUGAUCAUGAGGAAGAGGUACUCCAAGUUCGUGGAGGAGACAAGAGAAGUGAGGAGGUUGACGGUGGAGAUCUUGGAGCUCGGAGCAAAGCUUGGGGUGAGCGAAGUGUUCGGGCCUUUGAAGAGGUAUGAUUUGUUCGGGCAUGGGAAGAGGCUGACCGAGUCGAUGAGGAGGUUCGACAGCGUGUUGGAGAAGAUCCUGAGGGAUUACGAAGAGAAUAUAGAUGAGGGUGGCGAGAGUGACUUGUUGGAAAUGCUGUUGGAGAGUUGUGGGGAUGGUAAUGCAGAGGUGAAGAUGACUAGGGAUCACAUCAAGCACUUCAUCUUUGAAAUGCUGGCGGCGAGCAUCGACACGAUGUCGGCGGGGUUGCAGUGGGCCAUGGCGAACCUCAUCAACCACCGUGCAGUCUUCGAGAAGCUGAGAAACGAGAUCGAGUCCGUCGUCGGCCCUGCCAAGCUGAUCGGAGAGCCGGACAUCUCGAACCUCCCGUACCUGUACGCUGUAACGAAGGAAACCCUGCGGCUCCACACCCCGACCCCUCUGAUCUUCAGAGAAUGCAACAAAGACUGCAAUGUGAUGGGCUACGACGUCAAGGCCGAGACCAGGCUGCUCAUGAACGUGUACGCCAUCAUGCGGGACCCCGACACGUGGCGCGACGCCGAUGAAUUUGUGCCGGAGAGGUUCCUGGCCAACCCCGGCGAGGGCGGCGGUCAACUCGACCAGGUCGAGACAAGGGGUCGCGACUUCAGCUACCUGCCGUUCGGAGGCGGGAGGAGAGGGUGCAUCGGCGCAUCGCGUGCCUCGAUGGUGAUGCAAGUCGUCGUCGGGGCUCUGGCCCAGUGCUUUGACUGGGAGGUCAACGAUGGGCAGAAGGUCGAUAUAAACGUAGGGUCGGGAUUCUCGGGUGCCAUGGCGAGCCCUCUCGUGUGCCGUCCGAUUGCGCAUCUCGACCCCUUCAAGUAGGAAAUUAGUUCCGA